AUGUCUUCCACCACCACUACUGAGAGACCAGACUCGUCGGGUAAGCCCGUGCGAUGGCGCUCUGCCUGUAACCAAUGCCAUUCGGCAAAGGUACGGUGUAGCGGCGAGCGAACUGGUUGUUCUCGGUGCAGCAAUCUACAGUACGAGUGCGUCUACGCGGUUUCCAGGGUCGGCAAGGUACCAGGCAUUCGGGCUCGAGGAAACAAACCUCCCCGGACGGCUACAUCAGAGGCAACAACUACGGCACAACGACCUAGAACUUCCACUCCACAGCAAGAUGCCGACGGCGAUACAGACAUCCAGACCGCCGGUCCAGAAUCUGAUGAACAACCGAGUCGCAUGGAUUUCGGUGAUAAGGCAGACGCGACUGACGCCGAUCACUUCCUGGACGCCAGCACCCCCAAGUCUCACACGGGGCUCUAUCCGGACUGGGCCGACCCAAGCAGUGACAAAUCCCUGAAUCCUUUCGACGCCGCAGACCUCUUCGUCCUCCCCAGUCAACUAAUGUCCUCAGAAAACGACCCCGGUCGAUCGUCACGCUGUCCCUCACUUCAUCCUCCCAGUCACCACAGCCAAAGUGCCGGAAAUUCGCAUACCCAUACUCCUGUCCACGCCAAUACCCCUUUCCUAGACCCUGGGAUGCUAUCCCUAGACCUGCCCGACUUGCCCGACCUGGACUUGCCGGAUCUAGAUCUCCACAUCCACGAUUUCCACCCCAUGGACCUCCCCAUGGGUUCACUAAGCACCCCAACCAGUACUCCAGUUACAACCUCCAACGCCAAACGACGCUCAAUUGCUCACUCUGAUCUACAAUGCGGUUACCCAAACCAUUCCAUGUUCCAAUAUAGCGAGAAUGCCUCAUCAGCAGAGUGUGAGAGUGAGUGUGGGCGUCUUCAUCAUCAGCAAUACAACUACAGAAGCUGGACUAUCCUAAGUUGUAACCGAAUCGUGGAGUUCUUAGAGCAUCGCAUUCAAAGGGGCGUCACUGCACUCGACGUCGUCAUGCAUACCAAUAAAGUCACUUUGGGCGAGAUAUCGCGGCUUAUAAGCCAAGGUGCACACAAGGAGCGAUCAAACUGCGCCAUGCUACUUCUCAUCGCUAUAGAACAGAUUAUUACCCUAUUUGAGCGCAGUGUGGGCCAAGGUCGUUCGGAUAGCGAUCGUGGGAGCAUUAUGGGGAGUUUAGGAAGCAUGGGAAACAUGGGAAGCUGCAAGCCGGCGUCUCACGGAGAAAACUCCACCAGCAGCAACGUCCUGCCUAACCUCCGAUUCGGACUGUUUCAAAUCAGCCAAGACGAGCAGGUGGAGCUCCGGUCUUAUUUAUUACAACGCGAAUUACAGAGGUGCAUACAGGUCAUUGCAACUCUACGAGAUUCCAUCACUCUAGAGCCAAACCCCUGCACGAAGUUGGAGGAGCGAGUUGGCAAACUAUCUUCAGCUAUUUAG